GAAGUCCUUUCGGCGCCCUAUCUUACCGUCGACUUGUGGCAUCAACUCUUCGACAUAUACAAGCUGCACUUCGCUACCGAACUCCCAUUUUUGCACCUCCCAACUCUCAAAGUCAUCGUUCACGAUAAAGAGAACGAGAGGGCGUCAACCGAAUCGAAUCUGGUUCUAUUGGGCAUUCUGGCUCUCACUGCAAGAUUUCAUCCCGACUUGGUCAAAAAUAUGGCACACCUCACACACGAAAAGAUCGCGGACCCCAAGUCUCGCGGUAUUCUAACCAGUUCGGCGCCGUCAAUGGUCUCAGAGUACUUCGCAAACGCUCUGACAAAGGCACUGGGACAACUCGAAUCAGCAUUGACAUCAGCGACUGUCGUCCGUGUCCAAGCUUUUCUCAUGCUGGGCUUGUACAAAUGGAGUCAGCCGAAUGGCGGCUUGGCUGCAUGGAUGUAUGUUGGCGUUGCCAUACAGAUGGCUCAAGGCUUGAAAUUGGGGUUUGGAGACAAGCCUUUGGGCGGCAAGAGAACUCCGGCCCUGUCUCCUCGGUCAAGUAAAUCUGCCCGACCACCCUCCGACUUAAGGGAAGACCAGGAGAUCAGGCGUCGUACCAUGUUCAGUUGCUUGAUACUGGAUCGUCUCCUAUCCUGCGGAUCAGAUCGGGUUUCUAUGGUUCGGUCCGACGAUCUUCAAAUCCAGCUGCCAUGCACCCAAUACGCUUUCGAUCUCGGCCGCGUCGUCUAUACCGGAUUUUUGCUGCAGGUGGAGUAUGGCAUGAAGCCACCAAUCGAUGACAGUGUCUUGAGUCGAUUCGGGCAACUAGCAGAUUUCUGGGGCGAUAUUACCAAGUACAGUUUCGCGGGCGGCCGCCAUACGGAAUCCCUUCCGCCGUGGGACCAAGAAUCGACUUUCUAUCAACUGAAUAAAAAGGUAGACGCCUUUUACGCACACCUUCCGGAAGAGCUCACCUGGUCCAGCUCGAACUUUUGGAAACACGACAGUAGCAUGUAUAUAUCGCUUCACAUGCUGGGUGCCCUAUGCAAAAUCAUGCUGCAUCGCGAAUACAUCCCGUUCAUCGCCAUCAAAUGUUCUGAGCCGGUCGGCCCUCUGGAUGAGCCUGUAUUCGACCGCGAAACUGUUCCCGACCACUUUUGGGAACGAAGCGCAGAGCAGGUUUUCAAAGCUGGAAGGCAUAUCAUCGACCUCAUCUCGACAUGCAGAGACAAACUUCCACAUUCGUCACUGGUCAUAUUCGCGAUUUGGCAAGCAGCGUUUGUGGGAAUAUAUGCACGGCACUACCCUCACAUGGAUACUCAAAAUCACAUAGUCAGCAAACAGGAGAUCGAAGAACGGGAUUCGGGAAACAUGUCUGAGAGCACGCAGACGGGGAACACCAGCAUUGCUUUCCAAGCAUUGACCAAGGUUGCACCUUACCAAAGCAUGGCCUCUAACUACGUCACGUAUUUCAAAUACAUUGAUCAGUAUCUCACCAAGGUCUGCUCCGAUUACACGAAUCGAGGUCCGAGGAGGAGUGGGGACGGUCCUCUGACCAUUCGGCUGGGUGGAGGUGGCGGCGGACUGAAAGAGUGGAGGGCAAAGGCCGACGAAAUUCGGGAGCCAUGA